CUCCAGUAGAUGCACGCGUGAAGCUGGGCGAGAAGGAGCCCCGGCGGCGCGAAACGCAUCUUCUCCUCUUUCGCGGGCGCCGGCGGAUUGCCUAAUGACACCAGAUUUUUACAUCACGGAUCUGAAAAGACCAUCAAAAAGCUCUGUGACCUGAGGUGUGGAGGUGAAAAUUUCUGCAAUGCUUUAAAAAGACUCAUAAGCAAGUCAGUUUGUGGUUAUACACCAUGGAUAGAACCACUGAAAUGCAAAUACCUGCACCAGAUGAACAAUAUUCUGUGUGUUCAUUGCCCUCUCCUGGUUUCGUCUGGGUUGUGUGAAUACAAAAGACAAAAGGAAACCACACAAACCCCCUCUUUACCUACUGAAACAGCCAUUAGGUUCAGUGUUCCAGCUUUGAAGUCUCUAAUAUAUUUUGGCCCAUGAAGAUGGAUUAAGAAGAUGUUGGAUCGUUCUGAAUAAUAGACUUUGCCAAGUUCUUUAUGCAUAGGAGAGAGAGAGGUUUCCUGAAAUGUGAUACCCUUAAUGGAAACAAAUAUCAAGAAAAAGAGUGUGAAUAAAACUUGUAGUAUUCUAUCCAGUGGGGUAGAAGCCCCUAUAGGUAUCUCUAGCACCUCACCUUUAGAACAAGUUUCACCAUCUAAACUGCCAAAUCUUCCCAGAAUUUUUCCCGAAGUAGUAUAUCUAGAAGCUGGAUCCCAGAAAAGGUGACCAGGCACUGCAACAGCAUCACAAUAGUCAAAUUCUUCAGACAUGUCUCAAACACCCUUCACAAGAAGACCUGCCUUCAAGGUAUGCUAUAUCUGUGGCAGAGAAUUUGGGUCACAUUCUAUUGCUAUACAUGAACCUAAAUGCCUAGAGAAGUGGCAUAUUGAGAACAAACAGCUACCAAAGCACCUUAGAAGGCCGGAGCCCAGGAAACCUGAGGUCCUUACGGGUAGUGGUUCCUAUACACUUGCAGAUGAAAAUGAAGCAGCUUAUUGUAGUGCUCAAGCCCAGCUUGUGCCCUGUAGAAACUGUGGCCGAACCUUUUUUCCUGACCGUCUCCCUGUGCACGAGAGGUGUUGCAAAGGAGGUAGCAGUGGUGUGAGGCUACCAAGCACUACCGCUAGUAAAUCUGGUAAAGCACCAGGAUAUGGAACUCGCUCAGCAAGUGGUGAACCAUCUAAGGCCCGUCAAGGAACAAGCAGGGCUGCACCAGCUGUAUCUGACCAGCCAAAAGUGGUAAGACGGCCACCAACAGUGAUUUGCUACAUAUGUGGCCGUGAGUAUGGAACAAAAUCUAUCAGUAUACAUAAGCCACAAUGCCUGAAAAAAUGGCACCAGGAGAAUGACAACCUCCCCAAGCACUUGAGAAGGCCAGAACCCAAAGAGCCUGAAGUCAGAACCAUGCAAGCCAAAGGUUUCUAUGAUCUUGAUGCUUUAAAUGAGGCUGCCUGGACCAGUGCCCAAAGCCAGCUAGUUCCAUGUGAUGUUUGUGGGCGUACUUUUCUUCCAGACAGACUGAUCGUCCACCAGAGGUCCUGUAAACCAAAACCUGCAAAGUGA